AUGGGGAGAGCUCCAUGUUGUGAUAAAACGGCAGUGAAGAAAGGUCCAUGGAGCAAAGAAGAAGACCAAAUCCUUAUCAACUACAUCAAUAAAUAUGGCCAUGGAAAUUGGAGACAAAUUCCUAAGAAUGCUGGCUUGGUGAGGUGUGGGAAGAGUUGCAGGCUUCGCUGGAUGAAUUAUCUCCGUCCCGGCAUCAAACGAGGACACUUCACUCAUGAAGAAGAGUUUAUCGUUGUCAAGUUGCAUAAGACUUUUGGAAACAGAUGGGCCUCAAUCGCUGCAAGGUUGCCGGGAAGGACGGACAACGAGAUUAAGAACAUAUGGCACACUCGUCUGAAGAAGAGAUUGCACGACUUCGAUAUUCCACCCGAUAAUCAGGUCGUCGGCAACACCCUCGAAAACGACGGCGCCUCCAAUUUUGCGGCGGAGGACAAUGAUCCCUCCGGCGGCUUAGCUGGAGUAACCCAGAGUGAUUUCCCAUUAGGAGAUGAUGAUCAGUUUUACAAAUCUGGGUUUGAAUUUAACGGCGCCGACUUUACCCCGACAAUGGAUAACGAUGAUGUCGGUGGUGGGGUUGAUCCAGGCAGUCAGCAGUUUUGGCAAGACCAGCUUUUAACCUGGACUGGUGAUGAGUUGCUGGAUCUUUGGAAAUAA